UAUUAUUGCCGCAUUAUAAAUGUAAUAAAUACGUAAAGUAUAUUUAAUAUACAUUUCAACCUUUGGACUGUGGGAUUGUUUAUCUUCUGACACUAUUUAUUAUGACCAGUCGUACCUGUUAUCGUCAAACGGUAUCAAGCAACAGUGUAGAAUACAUCGUCAAAAUAAUUAAAUUAAAAUAUCAUUGUGAUUCAGCCUAAUAAUACCUGGUAUUUUUAUCACGAGUCGUGUGUUGAUUUGCGAUUUGAAAUUGGAUUGCAACAAAUAACUGUAAACAUUGCUUACUUUUCAAAAAUGAGUAAUUCAGAAAAUCCAGUAGUAGCAGUGAAACAAGGAAAAUUAAAAGGAUCUCUCAAGAAAUGCUUGGAUGGAAGUUCCUACUACAGCUUUAAGGGAAUCCCAUAUGCGCAACCACCUGUGGGAAAAUUGAGGUUUAAGGACCCUUUACCGGUGCAGCCAUGGGAAGGAGUACGCGAUGCCUCAGAACACGGCCCGGUAUGUCCACAAUACGACAUGGUCACAGCAGAUUUCGUAGAAGGGGACGAAGACUGCCUGUACUUAAAUGUAUACACAAAGAACCUUCAGCCUGGUUCUAAGAUACCCACAAUGGUGUAUGUUCAUGGAGGAGCAUUUUUAUCAGGCUCUGGAAAUUCUGAAACUUAUGGCCCCGAAUUCCUCUUCAAAAAUGACGUAAUCAUAGUCACAUUGAACUAUAGGCUGGAAGCUUUGGGUUUCCUUUGUUUGAAUACCCCUGAUGUGCCUGGAAAUGCUGGUAUGAAGGACCAAGUACUGGCUUUGCGUUGGAUAAAGGAGAAUAUCAGUAAAUUUGGAGGAGACCCUGACAACAUUACUUUAUUUGGUGAGAGUGCGGGCAGCGCCGCUGUCACCGCUCACAUGCUGUCACCCAUGUCACAAGGACUCUUUCAUAGAGCAAUAGCACAAAGUGGUGUUUGUCUAUCUUACUGGUCUAUUGCUCAUAACCCUGUAGAAAGAGCAUUCAGAGUGGGAAAAGUUUUUGGAUUUGAUACAGACAAUCCUUACAAACUGGCUGACUCUUUAAGAAGUCUACCUGUUAUGGAACUGGCAAAAAUCUCUAUGAAAGUAAGAACGGAAGACGAAAAAUACAGAGGUCUGCCAAUAUACUUAACUCCCACAAUAGAAAAGAAAUUUGAUGGAGUGGAAUCCUUUUUGACAGAAGAUCCCAUGGAUUUGCUUUUAGCUGGCAAAGUCCAGAAAGUACCACUGUUGCUCGGUUACAACUCAGGGGAGGCUAUGCUGAUGGUCAACGACCAUGUUAGAAAAAUAGACAUCCUGAAUAAGGAGCCAUCAUAUUUAUUGCCGAGAGAUGUUGCCACAAAAGUGUCUAGGGAAAAAAUGAUUGAAUUAGGUGCUAGAGUUAAGGAGUACUAUGUGGGGAACAAGGACUUUUCGAAAGAUAAUGUGCGACCGAUAAUAGAUCUACAUACAGAUAUUAAUUUUACAUAUCAAAUGCAGAGAUUCCUCCAUUUCUACAACAGUUUGGCGCCUACCUACAUGUACGUGUUUAACUGUACUACAGAGCUGAAUAUGUUGAAGCAGGUGUUGGGAAUGUCCAAACUUGAGGGCGCUUGUCAUGCUGAAGAUCUUUUUUACCUGUUCUGUAGUGAAAUGUCACGGCAACACUAUGAGAGCCAUGAACACGUGAGAGCUGUGGUUGACCGGCUAACAAAGUAUUGGACUGAUUUUGCAAAGACUGGCAACCCAACUCCCACCAAGGAAGGCGUAGAAUGGCUGCCUUACACUUCAUCAAACAGAGAAUACAUGAUUCUAGAUCAUCAAGAUAAAAUGGCAAAUUAUGCGGCAAAAGAACGAGUCGAAUUCUGGAACAAAAUCUACUCUGACGCCGGACUACCUACUAUUACGAAAUCUACUUUAUAGUGUAUGAAAACUUAAUUAUUUUAAGCUGCAAUGAUAAUUAUUAUUUAUGACGUAAGAUAAGUAAAAACAUUUCAUUAUAUGAAGAGUGACGUUUUAAGAUACUAGUGGCAUUACGCAGUACUGUGACGAAUAUUAUUGAGUCAAGGUUCAAAGAUACGUCUUAAUGUAUUUAAAACUUUUAUUAUUAUUUUCUCAGUCUUCCAAUGGCUUAUCUGCGGUCCUAAGACCACAUUAUAAAGUAUAUAGUUCCAUUUAACUGAGCAACACGCCUUUUCGCCAUUUAGUGCGGUGUCUUGCUUCAACGACUCAUUAUUGACCCUCCUAAGAGGCGAUAGUAGCUUCCCAUUGAUAACAGUUUAACUUGCAUUUCAGACUUGAUACAGUCCAUCUAGGCGACUGACAUUACGACAGUCGUUAACGUUUCGAUAAGUCACGUGAAACGUGAGUCAUAAUGUAGCCAUAAACAAAAUCUGAAAAGUCAAAAAUUAACACGAGUUGGCACUAGACCUUCGGGUACCUUUGACAGUACUAAUAGUAUUUGAUACAUAAAAUGUUGUUACUGAAUACCUCAUUAUUAUAAGACUUGACUGACUAGCUUAUACGGCUGUUGGCAAGGUAGAACAAAUGGCGUUAUUCAAUAAAAAUACUUUUAAAGUACUAUUUUCCUAGUCUUUAUAUAAAAAUUUUGAGAAUACUUAUGUGUUAUGGGUAUGCGAAUAAUAUAUUUAUGAAUUACAAUUAGGCUAAGUUUAAAUCGUUGUAUCGUUAUCAUAUUUGAAAAUGACUAUAUAUUUUUAUCACUUAUAUUAUAUGUAAGUGUUAAUUCUUGUUAAAUCAUUUAAUUUAUUUAUCAUUUUUAUUAUGUCAUGUUUACAAUUCAAUAGUGUAUGUAUACUUCGGUGCAUUUAAAAAGAGCUUCGAGGAACUAGGGCCCCCAUUAUAGUAAUAACGACAUCAGGA